CCCGGAGGCUGCGCGCCCGUGUGCACGCGCGCCCGGCUGAGGCUGCGGCCGCUCCGGCCCCCGCGGCUCGAAGCCUGGGCGCGCUCGGCGGAGCGGCUGGGCCUCCGAGGCCGAGGAACAAGAGUGUGCUGACACCGUCUGGAAACAUCUGAUGUUCCAACAAAGGAGGCUCCAGCUGGAUGAGUGAGGAAGGCCGCUUCUGCUGCAGGAAUCCUGUUUUUCUAACACCCACCUGGCCAGUGAAUUAUGGACAGCCCCCCCCCCCCCGGGGGCGGGGGGGGUGAACAGUGUGGAUGCAGAGGUAGCAGAGCUGCUGAAGCCGGACAGGAGACUAAUAGAGACUAAUCGAAAUCCGGAUCACAAAUGAGAGUCUUAAAAAUAAAAGCAAGCUCGGGGGUGCACUCCACAGGGACCGAAGUGCAAAUCCCGGGUCUGAAGUUUAGAGGCAGCGGCCUUGGACGUGUUGGUCCUGGGAUGCAGGGGUGGGACUGAUGGGAUGAGAGUAUAAAGUGACCCACGCUGGCCCAGGAAGAAAGGGCUGCCCUGUUUGUGAGCCCUUCCCCCUAGCUCCGCGCGGCAGAGAAGGGGCUGCGGAUCACCGGGAGGCCGUCGGCGCGUUCCCGGGAGGAGGCAUCGGUGCACCGGCCUGGGGACCAAGCCACGGAGACCCUGGCCCCGGGCUGGCCCACGCCUCCGUCAGAAGUUCAGCUGAGACUGCACGGCGCUGACGCACUCCUCCUCGCGGCAGAGGGGAGCGGUGUGGGGGCCGGAGGAACCGUGCACACACCAGUGAAAUCUGAUCGCCGGCCAGGAAAAGCCCCGGAGGCACGGGCGACCUUGCGCAGCCCGAGUCAGGGCGCGGUCAUGGUGGGCUGCUGAGCGCGGCUGCGGCGGCGGCGGUGGCGCAAGCAAGCGUCCCCAUGGAGAACCCCGUGCCCCCCUGCGCCCUCUAUCCCGGGGACGACCGCGGCCGCGGGGCCGAGGCCGGGGGCGCCUUUGCGCAGGGAGCGUGCGGCCAGGCCGGGGGCCGGGGCGGCGCGCCCGCAGCUCCGGGAGAGGGCAGCCUGCAGCCGCCCGACGCGCAGACACCCUGCAGUCUCCGCGCGUCGCUGUGCUUCAGCUCCGGGGACGGCUCCCCGCCGCAGUCUCGCGCCUCCGCGGCGGAAGGCGCAGCGUCCUCCCCGCCCUCGCGCCGCAGCGGCCCGCGGGUCGUGGAGCAGCAGUGGGAGGUCGGCGGCGCCGCCACCGCGUCCGCCGAGCAGCCCGGGGACCCCGAGCAGCGCGCGUCCCCGGAGGAUUCUGUGUCCCCGGAAGAGCCCGCGUCCGCCGAGGAGCCCGGGGACCCAGCCCAGCGCCCGUCCCCGGAAGAGCCCGCGUCUCCCGGGGAGCCCGUGUCCACUGAGGAGCCCACGUCGCUGGAAGAGCUCGUGUCUCCCGAGGAGCCCGUGUCCACCGAGGACCCCGUGUCCACCGAGGAGGCCACGUCGUUGGAAGAGCUCGUGUCCCCUGAGGAGCCCGUGUCCCCCGAGGAGACCGGGGACCUCCCACCCGUGGCCCCGGGCGUCGGGCCGGCGCACGGGGAGCCUGACCUGGUCAUCGAGGUGUCGGGCCGCCGGCUGCGGGCACACAAGGCGGUGCUGGCGGCUCGCAGCGACUACUUCCGCGCGCGCGCGUCCCGGGACGUGCUGCGGGUGCAGGGGGUGGGCUGGGCGGCGCUGCGGCUGCUCCUGGCCUACGCGUACAGCGGGCGCAUGGCGGGCGUGCGACCGGACAACGUGGCCGAGGUGGUGGCCGGCGCGCGCCGCCUGCAGCUGCCGUGCGCCGUGCAGCGCGCCACCGACGCCGUGGCGCCGCAGCUGAGCCUGGCCAACUGCUACGAGGUGCUGAGCGCGGCCAAGCGGCAGCGGCUGUCCGAGCUGCGCGACGCCGCCUACCGCUUCAUGAGCGACCACUACCUGGACGUGCUGCGCGAGCCCGCGGUGUUCGGGCGCCUGUCGGGCGCAGAGCGCGACCUGCUGCUGCGCCGCCGCCUGCGCGCCGGCCGGGCCCGCCUGCUGGCCGCCGCGCUCGGACCGGCCGGGGAGCGCGCGGGCAGCCGCCCGCAGAGCCCGUCGGGGGACGCGGAGGGUCGGGGCGACGCCGCCGUCUACUGCCUGCACGAGACGGCCGGCGAGUGGCGCGAGCUGACGCGGCUGCCCGAGGGCGCGCCGGCGCGGGGCUGCGGCCUGUGCGUGCUCUACAACUACCUCUUCGUGGCCGGCGGCGUGGGGCCGGCGGGUCCCGACGGCCGCGCGCGCCCCUCGGACCAGGUCUUCUGCUACAACCCGGCCACCGAGCGCUGGAGCACCGUGCGGCCGCUGCGCCAAGCGCGCUCGCAGCUGCAGCUGCUGGCCCUGGACGGCCACCUGUACGCCGUGGGCGGUGAGUGCCUGCUCAGCGUGGAGCGCUACGACCCGCGCGCCGACCGCUGGGCCGCCGUGGCCCCGCUGCCCCGCGGCGCCUUCGCUGUGGCGCACGAAGCCACCACGUGCAACGGCGCGAUCUACGUGUCCGGGGGCUCCCUCUUCUACCGCUUGCUUAAGUACGACCCGCGGCGCGACGAGUGGCAGGAGUGCCCGUGCAGCAGCAGUCGGGAGCGCUCCGCGGCCAUGGUGGCCCUGGAUGGCUUCAUCUACCGCUUCGACCUGGGCGGGGGCCGCGGCGACUCGCAGGCGGCGGAGGCCGGAGGCGUCAGCGUGUUCCGCUACCACUGCCUGGCCAAGCAGUGGAGCCGCUGCGCCGCGCACCUGCGGCCCCCGGGCGCGCCGUCCAGCCUGCAGCCCUUCCGCUGCGUGGCGCUGGACGGCACCAUCUACUGCGUGAGCCGCGCAGGCACCUGGCGCUUCGUGCCCCCGCAGGACAGCGAGCCCGGCGCGGACGUGGGCGCGGGCGAAGGGGGCAGCUUCGAGCCCGCACCGCUCCGCGCCCCCUUGGACGCCCGAGGCUCGCUCUUCCCGUUUGUGCUCAACUUGCCGGAGAAACCGGACCGAGGCGAGGAGGGCGCCGCGUAGGGGUCCACCUGGGGUCCACCUGGGCAUCUCCCUCAGGGACGCCCCCGUGGGCGGAGAUCCACUGGAGGGGGUGGGGGGGCACGGUCCAUGGGGACCAUUUAAACCCUUUGAAGUUGGAAGCUUGUCGCGGGGCCUUGAAGACUUUUUGCAAUGCUGUUUUAAGGUCUGCUGCCCUAUUCUGCAUUCCCUUUUGCACCGCUUUGCUCCACAGGGUCAAUGGCUCACUAUGUAAGGUGUGUGUAAAGAGGUGACCUUACAAAUAUGGCAUGGGAUGUCGGAGGGAGAAGGAGGAGGAAGUGGAAGAUGACGCCUGAGGAUGAGUGGGUGGGUCCCAGAGUGCCCAUCCAUUGUGCCAGGGUGCUCAGGGGCAGUUGAGCUCCCGAGUGGGAUGGAGAGUCCCAGACGGGGGUGUGCACACUAGCUUCCUCACUGCACCAGGAGAAGACCCUGCACAUAGCUCAGGGCCACCACCCCCGGGCGGGGGAGCCCCUGAAGUAGGCCACCGUGGGCUCUGUUGGCUUGAGGUUUACACUCAUAACCCAUACGCAGAGCUCUUGAAACUUUUUCUGCUUUAGUGAAAAGGCUCAUGUCAUCCUAUGUUCAAUUAUGGUUGGGUUAGUUUCCCAUGUCGCAAGCGUGAAAGGUGGGAUCUGUCCCUGUCUCCUGUCCAGCAAGCGGGGAAGGAUUGCCUCUGUCUGCUGCGGAUCCCACAGAAUGGGCCUCACCCCCUCUCAAGGGCCACUCCAUCUCACCUUUCAACCCAGAUAGCUUACAGACUUUUGAGUUAAAGGGUGUUAAUGAUUAUAUCCGAUGUCCUAGUAAUGACUUACUUCAGAGAGCAGAUUGCGAGUAGCAAAAGCUGACCCCAAGGAUGCUUGUCUGUUUUGAAAGGAACCUUCCUCAAGUGCCCUCUACAUGAGCAGCCACCUUCCUGUUCUCGAACGGGCUCAAAGAACAGGUGCCCCUUCCCCUCGCCCCCGAGAAGAAGGUUGAAGCCCCUCUCGGCACUUCUAAAGACAAACAUGUAGGCACAUUUGGAAUCCAGUAUUGUCCAAUGUUCGCAGGAUGUAUUAGGCCAUUCUGACGAGAGAGAUUAAUUUUUACUAGUAUGGUGGCAGGAAGAUGUGGCAGUGACAGGAAGUAUACUGACAUAGGGGAGGUAAUGUGUAUUUGUAACGUUAAGUAGCAGGUAAACUACAUUUUUUCUAAUCGACUUCCAAAAUAUCCUAAUAGAAUUAACAUCAAUUUCAGUACUUUGAGAGGUCACGAGUGUUAAAAAGAAACCAAGUGAUUGCUCAUUUGUUAUAACAUUUUACUUUCCAAACAGGUGUAGACAGAGUUUACUGUUUAUUAAGAAUUUAAGGGUAAAGUGUGUGCUCAGAAAGAGAGGCAAACCGAUCUGGAUUCUGAAUUGAGGCCAUUUAAAAAAAUUAUAACAGGAAAAGUGCAUGUUGACAGUCACCGGCACUUAACCAGAGGAAAUCGCGCACCCCUCACUGCUUUUCCCUUCUUUCUCCAGUGGUGGGGGUUGACGUCUCUGUAGCAACAGAGGGUCAUUGGGAAACAAGUUGUGCUUUCUAAAGAGCCUGUGGUUGUGGAAGUUACCGGUUAAGUAUGUUUGGAAAUGACUAGCUUGCGUCAUGAUGCACAAGCCAGAGCGAUGGAGUUUAGGAUUUCUGUGAGAGUAUGUUCUGGCGACCUAUGUGCUCUCUCAAGCCUGCUCCUGAGCCAAGAAGGUAUCGUGGCAGCCUGGUUCUUCAUCUUAGAAAAGGACAGACUUCGCCUGGCCCGGCCGUCCGUACGAGUAGAACGCAGAAAUGGUAGCGGGAAGGAAGUUAGCGCAGGAAACAAUGUUCUUGUAAAGAAACGUGCGCCUGUGUCCAGCACAUUUCCCUCUAGAAUCUUGUAUUUAUGCUGAAGCUUUUAUAUGAAAUGGAGCCAGGCCAAUAUUUUCAUUCCUUCAUUCUCAAAUUCAUGAAACACUAUCACUGUGAUUUUGCUCGUGAAAUCAUUCCUGCGAUGUUUGUUGUUUCGGAACAAAAUGCUGUGGGAGUGAGUUUCCCAAGCAGGCUCGUCCUGCAGGGGCACACGGGAGGUGCUGACUCGUGGGCGCUGACAGCCUCAGCGUCCCGUGCCCAGCUGGAGUUUUGUGUGUUGUUCUAGGAUUUAAUUGAACAGAGGCCGGCCCCAGACCUGGCGUCCCUCCUGCGCGAACUGACCCUGGAUUUCCAGGGUUUGCCGCACUGGAAUGCACGAGCAAGCCCAGGGAACGCAAGGAUAGGUGCAUGGACACAGAAGGACGUGGAUCUUAUUUCUCAAUACAAAUGCCUCCCAGAGACAAAUGCCACGAGGACCAGUUUCUUUUGCUUUUGGGGCCAGUAUUUGGAAUUGUAACCACGAGGUUUGCAGCAGUCAGGCAAGCAGGUGGGGGCCGGGGCCACGAUGCGGGGGACUGUGUGGUGCGUGGAGGGGCUGUUGGGGGGCAUCCCCUGCCGAGACUGGCCCCUCACGGCUGAUACUCCAAGGCGGGCCCUUUGCGCACACGACGGGACGCUCCAGGCCUGCACCAGCGCCGGGUCGGGAUGCCUCGCUGUUCCCAUUCCCGGUUGCUCGCUUUGCCGCAGACUCCUGAAGACGGGUCUGUCAGAGGCCAGCGCGUCUGAUGUGUGUAGGACCACCCAUAACUCUCGUGCAGGUGACCCUGGCACGCAGACAUUUCCCCAUAUGCAAAGGAGCAGUGGGCUUGUCCAGGGAGACUGCGGUGGACAGAAAGGUCCGGCCUUUGGUUAGCCGACGGCCUUUGUCCAUGGAGACUCACUCGAGCCGCAGAGACACGGGGCUGGCCAUGUCUUCUUCCACACGUUUAUUCUUGGUCUUGGGAACAACCUGAGCCCCAAGCGACCCUUGGCAGCUUUCAAGCUGGACUUGGGCCUUGCGGAUGGGGUUUCUGCAUCCCUGGGGGCCCCUCUAAGAGGACACACAGACGCCGUGGCUGCGUGUCUGCUGCGGUUUGAACUCUUACGCGUGCAUUUUGCCGCAGACACUCAAGAAGCACAGCCGUCUGCCGCAUCUGCGCCGUUUCUGGUGGCUUUGGUCAUGCUGGCUCGUCAGGGGAGCUCUUGGGUAACUUCCUGUGAACAAUUCUCAAACGGGAUGUGUUUGAGGUCCUUGGCUGUAUUUUCUAAAGCUGAGGUCCGUUGGGACCACAGCCCGCGGGAGCACCUGCAGGGCCGAAAUGGCAGCAGAUGGGCAGCUUGUGUUAGGUGCUUCCCCAGCUUAUGAAAUGCUGUAGUCGGGCAUUCCAAAAAUCCCAGCUUCUCACUUACACCGUACCUGGGCUGUGGUAUUCAUGAGAAGACAGGAACGAGACGCGCACGCUCCAGCAGCACCGCCUCUCUGCCCCAGCGCCUGGACCUGCCGGCACGCACGGCCAGGCCCCCGCGCUCCGGUGCUGGGCGUGCCGCUGUGACGGGCUCCGGGACUCUGCUUUCGGGGAGCCGCAAUGCAGGCUGGACGCCUCUCCUGGGAGGAUUCCGCCCUCCACGGCUCUAACAAGCGUGAACAGACUGCAGGGGGGCGUCGAGUAAAGUCGCACCAGCCCUGUUCCCCGCAGGUCAGGCCCGCGGACGCUGUACGCACAGGGAAUGAGCUAACGCUUCGGUUUCCCGCGCCUGGGCGCAAUUGCUGUGAAGCCUUGUCCGUGUCCGCUUAUGCCACGAUGAAAUAAAUCAUUGGAAAUGCUACUG